AUGUCGACUCUGGCCAACCAGGGCGCGAUUCAACAGAGGAGCCAUUCACGCGGAAAUGGAUCUCAAGGCCGAGGGAGCUCUUCUGGGCAGGCAAGGAUUCCACACAAUCCGGGACGCAACGGCCACAUAAACCGUGGGGGAGGAAGAGGCAGGGGAGGACUCAAGAAAACGAGACAAUUUCCGCGAGUAGAUAAAGCCUCUGCUGGCGCCUCAGCAAUGAACGAUGCUGAUCUAGGGCCAUUGAUUGAAAAUCCAGAACAAUAUGGCUACACAAAAAUGGAGCACAGGACUCAGGGGAUACCGAAAUAUUUGUUGAAAGAGCAAGUGCUGUUCAGCUGUGACUCGUACGUGACCAACGAAUGGGAUGCAAACAACCAAAAAUUGAUGCUGCAGAAAGAGGCUGAACACAACGGCGACUAUCAGUCGUUAUUCGAGGAGUUCCAGGAGCUGCGGAAGGAAGAGAGAAAGAAGAUGGAGCAGAUGAAUUUGGUUGACGUUGAAAAUGCAAAGAAAUCACUGAAUGACGCCAUUAUAUUCCGUGGGAGUUGCACAGAUAUGUGUCCGACGUACGAGCGAGUUGAGCGCGCCUUUAAAAAUCAGGUCUCGAAAUGGGAGAAAGACCCUGCCACGGGGAAGAUAUCUCGAGACUAUGCAGUGAAAACGUUUAUGAGGCCUUCUGGGCAACCUCCAUCGUUGCCUUCUGAUGUUCGAACCCCUAGCGUUUUAGUGCAAACGCUCGAUUACCUGAUCGAAAGGCUGCUGCCGAAGCUGCCCGAGUCGCAGUCAUUUAUAUGGGAUAGAACUCGCUCGAUCCGACAAGAUUUCACGCUUCAGAACAAUUAUUCGGGCCCCGAAGCGAUCGACUGCCACGAAAAGAUCUGCCGAAUUCACAUACUAUCGUCCCACGUCAUGGCGCAGGCAAACGAUCCUGACUAUCAACAGCAACAGGAAAUCGAGCAGUUCAACAACUCGCUACAAUCACUAACUCAUAUGUACGAUGAUGUGAGGUUAAGGGGCGGUAGCUGCCCCAACGAGCCAGAGUUUAGGGCAUAUGAGCUUAUAUCCAAGCUAAAAGACACCGAACUGGACAGAAAUAUUCAAAAGCUUCCAGCAGUCAUUCUCAACAGUGGAAUAGUUCAAAAAGCAUUGAUGUUGCGAGGACUCAUAAUAAACGGCUUUGGCAAUUUUCAGAUGUUUGUUGAGUUUUUCCGUGUCAUAAUGGACCCAAGCACGCCGCUGCUGCUUUCGUGUCUCUGCGAAAUCCACUUCAACCAAGUAAGGCAUAUGGCCAUGGUCACCAUGGCCAAAGCGUACCACUCCAAGUCAAAGAAAAUGCCCGAGGCUUCAGUUUUAGCUGAUUGGCUUGGCUUCGACUCCGUUGAUCAGUUGGUGACGAGCUGCAAGUUUUAUGAUAUUCCUAUAAUAAACGAUGAUAAUACCCUUAGAGUCGAAGUCACGGCAUUACGACAAGCAUUCAAAUCAUAUCAAAAGCCUCCAAGCUGCUCGAAACUCAAUUACAAAAUGGAACAUAUAUCAUACCAGCAGAUAGUGAAAUCUGGGCUUCCUAACACCGAGAUAAAAGUUAGCGCGGAGACCACCUUUGUGCCUUCGCAAACAUCGCAGCCCUCGAAGCAGAUAUUCCAGUUUGUUCCACCCCAAUCGGAGCCUGCAAAAUCAGCUAAUCCGCCUGAAAUCGAGAAGAUUGAGAUGUUACCAAACAGAUCAACAAGCACCAAACCAAAGUCUGCUUUCCCUCUGGCGUCAUCUUUACCAUUCGUGCAAACACAACAACAGCAGAAGUCUGCUUCCAUAGCACCAUCUGAACCUCCUACACCAGUAGAGCCUCCCAAACCCCAAAGAAAGCUAAUAAAUAACCCGGAAUUUGAAGCUGCUGCCAAAAUGGUGAUCGAUAAUCUUCUCUAUGAUGCUGUUCGGAAGGAAACAGAAACUAUUGUGAAGAAUCUGGCUGAGGUGGAGAAUCAACGACGGAUCCAGCACCAUAAUCAGAUAGUCGAUUCGCUUAAAACCGAGCUUUUUGUAGCAUUCAUGAGGGAGCAAAUGUACAUCAUAGCCAUAGAUGUGAAAGCCAGGCUAUUCAGAGAAAGGAAUCUAAAACGAAGAAUCUUACGGAGAAUCAAAGCAGGUGCGGACAGGCUUGUGGUGAAGCAUAGUGCUAAAAAAAGCAAACUUAACGAGAUCCACUCGUUUGCUAACAAGGUCCGACCUGAAUUUCUGCUUCCUGCACAUGUUUCCUCCUGGAAAUUCUCUGUGAGUCCCCCUGCACUGAAGAAAAAGAACGGGUUUGAGGAGGACAACGUGAGCUGUCUGGCUGAUCUUCUACCAUAUGUCAAUCAACAUCUACGCAUGCUGGUCAUCGUCGAUACAUGGGACGAUGCGGUUGCAAAAUGGCUGUCCAAUAAGCUUUCCCUUAAGGAAGCUGUUGAGUCGGGGAAGCUUGUCAAGACGGCCAAACUAGAGACCGCAAAAGGAGCCAUUACCAUCAGCUCCAUUCCUGACAGAUUUCGCUCACGGGUUGUUUUCAAGAACGUCAAUCUCUUGCUCAUAAAGAUUGAAUACCCAACAUCGCAUGAUCUUACGACAUCGAAACAAGUUUUGGCCAAAGUGAUUGAAUAUCUGUCGAGGUUCAACAGAGAGGAACCAGUGACGUUGAUGCUUGUUCUGGUUGACUUUCCUCGAGAAAUCGAUUUGAUAUCAAAGCCGCCUCCGUGGCUCACUGUCAGAAGCAUUAAUUUGAACGCUAGAAUGAGUCCAUUGACUCUGCAAAAUAAGUUUCAUCAAUUUUUCAAAGACUGUAUCGAAAACUAUCACUCCUCAUCAUCGUCAUUGCAAGACGCCGAAACGACGCUUAUGUCCAGGUACACAACAAUUGAGAACUCGCUUGUUGGUCUUCUGAGGGACGAUUUGAGCAACCGCCACAAACUUGACUAUAUAAGGUCACUGGCAGGAAAACGGAAAGCGUCAUAUGAUUCUGAAAUAUCGCUGAUUACGGAGGAAACCCCGCCAUCUGGGAAUUUCGAAUUCUGCAGGACUAGCACGCCUUCAUUAGACAUAUCAAAGAGCAAGAAGCAGAAGAUUGACGCCUUGCUUGAGCUGUCGGAAUCUGUGCUGAAACGUUAA